GCUCACCUUCCCACGCCCCGAGGGCGCACCUGCAAGCCGCCCGGCCCCAAACGCUGAGAUCCCACCCAGCGCCGGCGGGGGCGCAGGCCGCCACGCGCACGCGCAGUGGUCCCGGCGCGGCGUCCCCGGCUCCCUGCAACCGCUCGCACCCGCUCCAGUCGCGGAGAGAGGGGCCAGGGCGUGUGCGUGGCCGUGCGGGAUGACCCUUGACCCCUCCGAGUGCCCUAGCAGAGCGGGCCGCGCCGCCUCUCCCUUCCCUUCCUCUCCAGCUCUAGCCCCAGCACCUCGGCGGGGAGGAGCCCUCCGGUGACGCGCGGGGCAGCUCGUCUAGAGUCCGCCCGCCCCGAGGGCCGGAGCAGGGGGCGGGGCCGCAGACUUCGGACUCCAGCCCCGAGACCGACCGCCUGCUGCCGAGCGGACCCGCAGCCUAGUCUGGGGGAGCGAGCCAUGACGACGCUGCGGGGGCUCUGGCCCGAGGUGCAGGACACCUGCACCUCGCUGGGUUUGAUGCUGUCGGUCGUGCUGUCCGUGGCGCUGGCCCGCGGGUUCCUCCAGCGGCACGUGCACCGGCCUACGGCCCACACCUUCGUCUUGGAGUUUCUGGCCACCUUCCAGCUCUGCUUCUGCACCCUUGAGCUGCAGCUGCUGGGCGAGCAGGAACCCGCGCACCCCACCUGGUCGCUGACGCUAACCUACUUCUUCUCGUUGGUGCAUGGCCUGACUCUGGUGGGCACGGCCAGCAACCCGUGCGGUGUGAUGAUGCAGAUGAUGCUGGGGGGAAUGUCCCCCGAGACGGGGGCGAUGAGGCUGUUGGCUCAGCUGAUGGCUGCUCUGGGCAGCAGGUACUGUAUAGGCGCCCUAUGGAGCCUGGGACUGACCAGGUAUCACGUCGGUGAGAGGACCUUCGCUUGCAGGAACCCCAUGCACGUCGACUUGCCCAAAGCCGUCGUCGUAGAGGCCAUCUGCUCCUUUAUCUUCCACAGUGCCCUGCUGCACUUCCAGGAGGUCGGAACCAAGCUUCGUAUCCACAUGCUGGCAGCACUCAUCACCUUUUUGGUCUAUGCAGGAGGAAGUCUAACAGGAGCUAUAUUUAAUCCAGCUUUGGCACUUUCACUACAUUUCAAGUGUUUCGAUGAAGAUUUCCUUCAAUUUUUUAUAGUAUAUUGGCUGGCUCCUUCUUUAGGUAUAUUGUUGAUGAUUUUGACAUUCAGCUUGUUCCUUCCAUGGCUGUAUAACAACCAUACAACUAACAAGAAGGAGUAACUAUUCCAAAAGACUCAGACUAAGUCACAAGACAGUCUAGUUGGACGUGAUAAAGACUUUGUCUCCUCAGAUUCAGCACACUGGCUGCACUGGAUUCAUCAAUGUCACUUCCUUUGAGGAAGCUGCCUUAGUUUUCAUCACUGGGACUUAAAAAAUUACUAUGAAAAUGAGGCAUCCUGUAUUUCUCAGUUAAGACUUGUUCUUUUGAGUGUGUAUUAAAUGCUGCUAGCAGAGACUCACUACAUUAACUAUAAAUCAAGUGAUAAUUGUUCAUUUUGGUGAGGAAAAAAAAUGAGUACAGGGUGAGAAAGGAAGGGAAGGUGAUGGGAGGCCCAAAGAAAGUGUGUAUAUCAAGUGUCUCCCGAAUGAACAGGAUUUUUAACCACAGUACUAGUCAUGCUCUCAGACCUGGAGAGGAUACUUUUCAGCCAGUACCUCACACAGUGAUACCCAGUGUCAUCUUUCAAUAGGAAAGUUGCUUUUGGAAGCAGAUUAUAUACCCACUCAUAUUCCCAGGGUUUCCUAAAUUUUAAACAUAUUCUAAUCUAAACUAUUUUCUCUAAACAGAGCGGCUCACUAGCUUUAGGCAAGUUGUUAUUCUUUAGCAGUAUGCUGUAUAAUGACACAAAGCACCCAUACAAAGUCAAGAUGUAACCUUUUCACACUCUCAUUUGAUCCUAAUCAAAGUAGGUAGGGCAUGUAUUUUUAAUCUGUUUUACAGAUAAGGAAACUAAGUCUAGGGAGUGUUGCGGCCCUGCCCAAGUUCAAAU